AUGUCAACUCCUUAUGAUCCUAACUCACAGCUGAAGAAAAAUAGAGAACAUAGUAUUGCCCAAAUAGAGUAUGCUCAUAUCAUAAGGAGCCUAAUGUACUUAAUGAACUGUACCAGACCUGACAUUGCUUAUGCAGUAGGUAGAUUGAGUUGGUACACCCAAAAUCCUAAUCGGGAUCAUUGGACUACUGUUCGUAGAGUCCUUAAGUAUUUGAGAGGCACCAUUAAUUAUGGUGUGUGCUUUAGUGGAUUUCCAAGUGUGCUUGAAGGAUUUAGUGAUGCAAAUUACAUCUUGGAUUCAGAUGAGAUGAAAUCCACUAGUGGAUAUGUUUUCAUCCUUAGUGGAGGUGCAGUUUCUUGGAAGUCUGCCAAGCAAACUUGCAUUACUCGAUCUACUAUGGAUGAUGAGUUUAUUGCCUUAGAAAAGAUAAGUUCUGAGGCUGAGUGA